AUGGAUCCUCCACUGAGUUCCGCUACUUACUCUGAUGGACAUAUGAAGGAGACCUGGAGGCAUACACUCAUCCUGUCAUUUCAAACUCUUGGAGUUGUGUAUGGUCGCUUGAGUACUGCUCCAUUAUAUGUUUUUGGGACAAUUCAAACGACAGAUUUCAAAUCAAAUCAGACUGCAUAUGAAUAUUUCUCUUUUAUUUUCUGGACUCUGACUGUUGUUUCUUUACUUAAGUAUGCUGUCAUCGUACUGAGGGCUGAUGAUAAUGGAGAGGGUGGUAUUUUUGCUCUGUACUCAUUAUUGUGCAGGCAUGCUAAAGUGGGUCUGCUUCCAAAUGAUAGAAGCACCACUGAAGUUAUGCAACAUGAAGAAGUAAACACUUCGAGCAUUAAAGUUGAAUCAAGGGCAAGAAGAGCCCUUAAAAAAUACAGAAGUAGUCAUUAUUUGAUGCUGUUCACAGCAUUAUUUGGUGCUUGUAUGAUAAUUGGAGAUGGGGUGAUCACCCCAUCUAUUUCAGUGUUGUCAGCUUCAUCAGGUCUUCAACGUUCAUUAUCAGACAUUAAAUGUUUUGCUACCUCACACUAUGGGACUCAUAAAAUCGGGUUUAUGUUUGCUCCAAUUGUCACUCUAUGGCUCCUGUUUAUUAGUGGAGUGGGUAUAUAUAAUAUAUUCCACUGGGACCCUAAAAUCUUCUCUGCAAUCUCCCCAGCAUACAUGUAUACAUUUGUAAGGAAAAUGGACAAAUCCAGUUGGAAGUCACUGGGUAGCAUUCUUCUUUGCAUAGCAGGAUCAGAAACAAUGUUUACAGAUCUAGGCCAUUUCUCUAAGAAAUCAAUCAAGAUAACAUUUAUCUUCUUGAUUUAUCCGCUUUUAGUUCUGUGCUAUGCUGGUCAAGCUGCAUUUAUCUCUAAACACUGGAAUGGUACUGAAAAUUUUAAUCAUCUACGUGAAUCCGUACCUAAACAUCUUCGUCAUGUUUUCACACUGCUAUCUCUGCUUGCUUCGGCUAUAGGAAGCCAAGCGGCAAUAACAGCCAGCUUCUCUAUUAUAAAUCAGUGCCUUGCACUUGGUUGUUUCCCUAGAGUAAAAGUUAUACAUACAUCAGAUAAGCGACAUGGACAGGUUUAUAUUCCAGAUGUCAACUGGUUAUUGAUGGCCCUUAGUCUCUCUGUCACCCUUGGUUUCCGUGACAUCACAAGAAUUGCAAAUGCAGCAGGCAUGGCAAUAGUUUUUGGGAUGAUAGUAACGACUUGUAUGAUGUCACUUGUGAUCGGUCUGUACUGGGAGAAGAGUUUGUUUGUAUCUGGAUGCUUUUUGAUGUUCUUUGGUUUUGUUGAGGCUGUAUAUGUAUCGGCAUGUAUGCUGAGUUUUCACAAAGGAGCUUGGUAUCUAUUUGUAAUUUUAGCUGUUUCUUUCACAAUAAUGCUUGCAUGGCAUUAUGGAACUAUGAAGAAGUAUGAGUUUGAUUUGCAAAACAAGGUUUCUACAGAAUGGCUUACGGAUUAUAGCCCAGGCCUAGGAGUUUCCAGAGUACCUGGAAUUGGCUUAAUCUACACCGAUAUAGUGACGGGAAUCCCAGCUUUCUUCUCACAUUUCAUCACAAAUCUUCCUGCAUUUCAUCAAGUGCUGAUCUUUGUGUCCUUCAAGCCCCAACCAGUUCCUUGUGUGCCUCCUGGUGAGCGAUAUCUUGUAGGCAGAGUUGGCUCCAAAGACUACAGAAUUUAUAGAUGCAUUGUGAGAUAUGGGUACUGUGAUCAGGUUAGAGACACAGAUGAUUUUGAGGAACAGAUAAUUGGCUCAAUUGGAGAAUUCAUUUCCUUAGAAGAAAGUGAUUAUGAAUCCCUGACGCCUAAUGAAGGAAGAAUGAUGAUUGUUGGGAAGCCAUUGUUGGACAGAAAGGCAUUGAUUCCUACAGAUGAUACCAACUUGGUAUCCAGCUCUGCAAAUGUAGCUAACAAUGAAACUGUGGCAAGUACAGUGGGAGAUUUGAUCGAAAGAAAUACUCCUAUCAGGAGGAAAAAGGUUCGGUUUCUAAUGCGAGAAAAUAGUCCUGAAAUGCGGGUAUCUGUCAGGGAGGAGCUACAAGAACUGAUUAAUGCCAGGGAAAGUGGUACGGCAUAUAUCCUUGGUCAGUCGCAUUUGACAGUGCGUGAUGGUUCAAACUUUUUGAAAACAUUCCUUAUCAUGGCUUAUGUUUUUCUUGAUAAAAAUUGCCGAGAACCUCCAGUGGCAUUGAAAAUCCCUCAUGCUGCUCUCGUGGAGGUUGGCAUGGUGUAUAUCAUAUAA